AAGAUUUUUGUAUUGAGUUUAAAAAAGUAUAUCAAACAAUCUAUCAAUAGAAAGCGAUAUAUAAACACAUAAAUGUAUUUUUAAUUAUUAUUCUUGAUUAUAAUUAUAAAUUACUUAGAUCAAAACUUGAAGUUCAAGUCUGUGUUGACUGUAUUUCCUUUGAUGUUUGAUCUCUUUGUACCGUAUCUGACGCCAUUACAUUAGCUCACUUCGUUCGUUCGCAUUUACUCACAACACUACAGAUUAAUGCUUAUUUUAUCAGCGUAAAUUUGUUUUAAAUUCAAUUUUCUCUGUUAUCGAAUUUCAGUUUAAUUAUCUGCUCAAAUGGCUGACAUAGAAAAACUUAAUAUUGACAGUGUUAUAGCAAGAUUACUUGAAGUACGUGGAGGUAGACCUGGAAGGAAUGUUCAGCUUCUUGAGUCGGAAAUCCGUGGAUUGUGUCUAAAAUCCAGAGAAAUUUUCUUGUCUCAGCCCAUUUUGUUGGAAUUGGAGGCACCAUUGAAAAUUUGCGGUGACAUCCAUGGUCAAUACUAUGAUCUGCUGCGACUUUUCGAGUACGGAGGAUUCCCGCCAGAAUCGAAUUACUUGUUCCUCGGUGACUAUGUAGACAGAGGUAAACAGUCGCUCGAGACAAUCUGCUUGCUGUUGGCGUACAAAAUUAAAUAUCCAGAAAACUUCUUCCUGCUUCGAGGCAAUCAUGAGUGCGCCAGUAUCAAUAGGAUAUAUGGAUUCUACGAUGAAUGCAAGAGGCGCUACAAUAUCAAACUGUGGAAGACUUUCACCGACUGCUUCAAUUGUUUACCGGUGUCAGCCAUUGUCGAUGAGAAAAUCUUCUGCUGUCACGGGGGUUUGAGUCCGGACCUGCACAGCAUGGAACAGAUUCGUCGUAUCAUGCGACCCACUGAUGUUCCUGAUCAGGGAUUGCUCUGCGAUCUGCUCUGGUCUGAUCCCGACAAAGAUACGAUGGGUUGGGGUGAGAACGACAGAGGCGUUUCAUUCACGUUUGGCGUUGAAGUAGUGGCGAAAUUCUUACAUAAACUCGACUUCGAUCUCAUAUGCCGCGCUCAUCAGGUUGUUGAAGAUGGGUACGAAUUCUUCGCCAAGCGUCAACUUGUGACUUUGUUUUCUGCCCCUAAUUACUGUGGCGAAUUCGACAAUGCCGGUGCUAUGAUGUCAGUUGACGAGACUCUCAUGUGCUCGUUCCAAAUCCUCAAGCCUGCUGACAAGAGGAAAUUCACUUACGGUGGUUUGAAUGUUGGGCGUCCAGUGACUCCUCCCCGUGGCGCUACUAAUAAAAAUAAAAAGAAAUAAACUUCCUCUCGAGUGGAGAGAAGUUGCCAAUGCCUCCUGCCCUUCCGUCUGUUAAGAAGUUGUUCAUUUUUUAUCUGCUCCUCCCCUUUGUAGAAAAUUAUUCAAAUUGCUUUAAUAUGUACAGGGAGAAACAGAAAGGCUACCUGGAGUAGGUCUUGAAGCAUUUUAAUUUUGUCUUGUCAGUUUACGAACAAACCAGUUGAUAUUGCAUAGUUGAAUUUACUAUACAAAAUUAUAAUAUACAGAGUUUCAAAAAUUAAAAUUUAUUUACAAUAUUUAUCUUCAUUUAAAUUUAUGUUUUAAAAGUAAUUUAUUCACCAAAUUAUAAUAUGUAGAUUUUUAAUAUUAUUCUAUUUACAAAAUGUAUCUUCAUUCAAAUUUAUGUUUUAAAAGUGAUUUAUUUACCAAAUUUACCUUUAUAAUCCAGGAAAAAUCAUGUCUAAUAUUCCUGAGAGAUAAUCCUGUAGAGUGAUGUAAUUUUUCAAGAAAUUGUAUGUGAGUUAAAAUUACUUAAUAACAAAGAAAUUCUAUAUGAGUUCAAAUUACUCCUACGCCUGUGUGCUCAACAUUCACUCUAUGGAAGUGAAAAUUAUGAAUUGAAAGUGUAAGUUCUUUGUUCAUUAUAAUAAAUUGACCAGUUUUAGUAACGAUUUCAUUAAAACAUUGUAAUCA